GGGGUGGCUAGGCGCUUGAGGAGCCUGGGGACAGCACGGGACAAGAGGGGCCACGGGGCCAGGCUGCCCCACCCGCCUGCUCCAGGGGGUGGCCCCGGGGAAAGCAAACACUGGCUCUGGAGGCCCGCCAGGCGUUCCUAGAAGAGGCCCUGGGGGAGGGGCACCGGGCGGACCCCAGCUGACCCCGAGGUCACAGGAGAGCCCAGGCUGGACCAAGGAACCCACCUAGGCUGCUAGGAAACCCCCAGGGCUUGCCGGGCAGGUGGGUGGGCGCUGGGCAACAGGGCGGUGCCACGGCCCUCUGCUCAGGUGGGGGCAGGAACAGCCUGGAGGCCUGGCUGCAGCAGCCCCUCUAAAGCCAUGCCCUGCCCCAGCCUGCAGAGGGGACAUGGAGGGGCCCGUGGGCCCCAAGUCAUUCACCACGGGCCAUGAGCCCCAGUCCCUCCCCUGCACUGACUGCGUCCUGGGAAUGAACUGUGACACAGGCCGCCUGGCACGACAGGGUUAACGGCCAGGCCACGGGCUGGGCUGGGCUGGGCUGGGCUCAGCUGGGCUGGGCUGGGCUGGGGCGAGCCAGCAGUGGGGAAGCCCAUGGGUAGGAGCAGCCAGCAGACGCCCUCGCCAGCCCGCGCCCGCGCCCGCUCUGCACGUGGGAUGGCCCUGAGGAACGGAGGCCCGGCCCUGGUGGUGCUGCUGGUCUCCUGGGCAGCGCUGGGCACCUGCAGCCCGGGAGAAGUGGAGCCCGGGGUGCCUGGGGACGCCGAGGGCCCCCCGUGCCCGGUCGCCUGCGUCUGCAGUUAUGACGAUGACACGGAAGAGCUCGACGUCUUCUGCAGCUCCAGGAACCUCACGCGGCUGCCCGACGGCAUCCCGGGGGGCACCAGGGCUCUGUGGCUGGAUGGGAACAACCUCUCCUCCAUCCCCCCGGCAGCCUUCCGGAACCUGUCCGGCCUGGAUUUCCUCAACCUGCAGGGCAGCCGGCUGGGCGGUCUGGCACCACAGGCACUCCUGGGCCUGCAGCUGCUGCACCACCUGCACCUGGAGCGGAACCAGCUGCGGAGCCUAGCGGCCGGCACGUUCGCGCACACGCCAGGCCUGGCCUCGCUCAGCCUCAACAACAACCUCCUGGGGCGGGUGGAAGAGGGCCUCUUCCAGGGCCUGGGCCAGCUCUGGGACCUCAACCUCGGCUGGAACAGCCUGGUGGUGCUCCCCGACACGGCCUUCCAGGGCCUGGCUGAGCUGCGCGAGCUGGUGCUGGCCGGCAACAAGCUGGCCUACCUGCAGCCAGCUCUGGGCGAGCUGCGCCAGCUGGACCUGAGCGGGAACGCGCUGCGCAGCGUCAAGGCCGGCGUCUUCACGCAGCUGCCCCGGCUGCAGAAGCUGCUGCUGCACCGCAACCUCAUUGGUGCUGUGGCUCCGGGCGCCUUCCUGGGCAUGCGGGCGCUGCGCUGGCUCGACCUGUCGCACAACCGCGUGGCUGGCCUCCUGGAGGACACCUUCCCAGGCCUGCUGGGCCUGCACGUGCUGCGCCUGGCACACAACGCCAUCGCCAGCCUGCGGCCCCGCACCUUCAAGGACCUGCAUUUCCUGGAGGAGCUGCAGCUUGGCCACAACCGCCUGCAGCUGCUGGCAGAGAGAACCUUCGAGGGCCUGGGCCGGCUGGAGGUGCUGGCGCUCAACGACAACCGGAUCCAGGAGGUCCAGGCCGGCGCCUUCCUGGGCCUCCCCAACGCGGCGGUCCUGAACCUCUCCGGGAACUGCCUGCGGGCCUUGCCGGAGCAGGCGUUCCAGGGCCUGGCCAAGCUGCACAGCCUGCACCUGGAGGGCAGCUGCCUGGGCCGCCUGCGCCCGCACACCUUCGCCGGCCUCACGGGGCUGCCCUGGCUCUUCCUCAAGGGCAGUGGCGUCAUGGGCUUGGCUGAGCAGAGCCUGUGGGGGCUGCCGGAGCUGCAGGAGCUCGACCUCACCGCCAACCAGCUCACGCACCUGCCCAGCCAGGGCCUCGGCAAGCUUGAAUACCUGCUGCUGUCCCGCAACCAGCUGGCAGAGCUGCCCGCCGAUGCCCUGCGCCCGCUGCAGCGGGCCUUCUGGCUGGACGUCUCGCACAACCGCCUGCAGGCGCUGGCCCCCCGCCUCUUCCUGCCGCUGGGCCGGCUUUUUUUUUGGAACAACUCGCUGCAGAGCUUCGAGCCACAGUCCCCGGGCCUGGAGCGCCUGUGGUUGGACGGCAACCCCUGGGACUGCCGCUGCCCCCUCAAAGCGCUGCGGGACUUUGCCCUGCAGAACCCCAGCGUCGUCCCCCGCUUCGUCCAGGCCGUCACUGAGGGGGACGACAGCCAGCCCCCCGUGCACACCUACAACGUCACCUGCGCCGGCCCGCCUGGCGUCGCGGGUCUUGAUCUGCGGGACGUGGGGGAGGCCCACUUUGCUCACUGCUGACCUGGCUUCGAGUCUCAGGCCCUGCCCAGCAACACGGCCCUGCAGCCGGGGCGGCCCUCACCGUCCCUGGAGGGACAGGCCGGUCACUGCCCCAGGCCGCCUCCUCGCUGAGGGGGCAGCAUGGGCACGGGUGUGCUGCUCGCAGGCCACCAGGAGGGACGGCAGUCCUACCAGCUGUCACCGAUUAAAGGUACCGACGAA